AUGCUGCAAUGGCUGGUUCCUCGCUUCUUACUUCCAAGUUUUACAUGGCCGGAUCGCAGUACGACGGUUCUAAGCCACCAAUUGCCUCCCAUUCCUAGGGCAUCUCAUCCGCUAGUCUGCCACUUCUGGGGCAUCGCCCAUAAGUACAUCAGACGAUUUUCCCGUUUAUAUUGUGACUGGGUCGGGAUCGAUUACGAUAAUCAAAUUGCUCAGCUUCCGUUCGGGCUCAUUCUAAAAUGGUCUGAUGGCACUCGGCUAGAGGAAGUUUUGGCUAUGCAAGCUGCUAGAAACGCAGGUCUUCCGGUGCCAAAGGUCAUCUGUUAUGGCGAACACCCCGACACCCCUCACGCGCCAGUUUCCAUCCUGAUGACGCGUGUUCCUGGCAAGGAAUUGGGGCAAAUCUACGAGACACUUGAUGAUGAGAAACACGCGGUGCUUCGACAACUUGAUCACUAUCUGAAAUUAAUCAGGAGUUGGAAAAGUCCAUGGGGAGAAAACAGGAUCUGCUCUGUCGUGGGCACGCCUCUUAGAAGUGUCCGAGUGCCCAACCACCGUGCAGGUCCAUUCGAGUCAGAAGAAGAGCUCAAUGAUUAUCUAAUAGAGCCCGCCUGGUCGGGAGGGUUUCCAUCGGAAACGGCUUAUAACGAUGCUUUGAAUCGUGCUAAAGGAAUGGCGAGAAUGCCCCACCGCAUUGUUUUCACACACGGUGAUCUACAGCACCAUAACAUCAUGGUUCAUGAGGGGCGUAUCACGGGUCUCCUAGAUUGGGAAUCAGCAGGCUGGUAUCCUGAAUAUUGGGAAUUCACAACGGCAAUGAGAUUUGCUCGAGAGGAUUUCUGGUGGUAUCACUUCGUGGCUGGGCUUGGUGGAAAGCUUUACUUGCCGGAGUUAGAUUGCGAGAGGGCAUUAACUUCCUUGACUAGUGCGUCUUAUUACUGGUGA